UGAGCAUCAGAAGUUAAGGUCGAUUUUUAAAGUGAUUGUCUUUCAUAUAAAGUAUUUGAACUGCUACAAGUGAAAAAAUAUGGCAGACUGUUUUGCUUUUCAAUUGAUGAUAAUAUUGUCGUUUAAUUUGGCUUUAGCUAUGGCUCCUCUGAAAAUAAUUGACUCCUGUGUAUGGACUUGCAUUUGCGAUGAGUAUUUAAAACGCGGACGUGUAAACUGCAGCUACCAACUUCUUGAGGAUGCAAUCAUAUACUCCAAUUCUCCCAUUGCCUACUUGGACUUAAGUUACAAUAACGUAAAAGUUUUAAAAGAUGACACUUUUAUGGCACAUUUCAAUAUUAUUGAGUUGAACUUAACCCACAAUUCUAUAAAAUUCAUUGAAGCCAACAGUUUUUCCAAUCUUCUAUACUUGCAUGUUCUUGACUUAUCGCACAAUGAAAUGGAAGCGUUACAUGCCGAUACUUUUAAAUCGAAUUUGUUUUUGAACAAAAUCGAUUUGAGCCAAAAUAAAUUCUCCGAUUUGAAAAAUGUACCUUUCAUUAUAAACCACUCUGUCCGUUUCCUCAGUUUAAGAAGUUGUCAAAUAAACCAAAUCAACAGUACGAUGUUUAGUGAAAUGCCGCAAUUGCAAGAGCUUGAUUUAUCCAAUAAUUUGUUGAUAAUGAUUAAUUUUGAUAAUUUUAUUUACUUAAAACGUUUAACUUUCAUGAAUAUUACUGGAAACUCCUUUUUGACUUGCAAUGAAAUGCUAAAGGCGAAUUUGAAGGAGUUCCAGAAGCGUUACAUUAAGAUCGAUGAAACAGUUUGCAAAUUAUUUAAUGAAGAGUUUAUGAUUUCUACAGUUAAACCAAUCGCAGAGUAUUUAUUAUCAGAUGAGAGUAACAUUAAUGAAAAACAGGCCAACACUAAUGACAGCGCAACAAUUGACCCCGAAAUGAUCUGCUCUGCAUUAAACAACUAUAUGGGUGCCUCUUGUAAUAUUUCUCUACCCAUAAGUUUUUGCGAAGUAUACGCUAGAUACCUUGAAAUUAAUCCUGAAAAUAAGACAGCAUUCAAGGAAACUAAGUGCUAUAGGCAAGAUGACGUACACUUUUCCUUUUUUGCUGGAACAUUACUGGGCUUUCUCACAGUAGGAUUUAUGAGUUUUUGUCUUGCAUGCAUUCAGUACUUCCGAACUAAAGCAGAAGAAAAAGAAAAAGAAAAUGACGAGCCUGAAUACCGUACACAUGGUACUUUUACUGAUUCGGACUCCAGCGAUUACUAAACCAAUGACUUAUAUUUUAUAUACGCUAUGACUUAUAUUUUAAGUGCCGGGAUAUCGGCAAAAUUUCUAGUAAAAUGGUUUCUCCAAUGAGACUGAAUCUAAAAUUAUAUACACAUAAUUAAAUUAUAAUUAUUCUUAAUUGACUAAAUCUAUACAGUCCAUGUACUAGAAAAUGAAAGAAUAUGAAGCACAAAUAUUUAAAGUGAUUCUGUUUGGACUUUAAUAUAUUUUAACUACUCAAACUACUCCCACCGUGGAAGGUUUCAAGUAAAAGAAGAAGAAAAUGAAGUUAUUUAGAAUUUAUUUACAAUAUGGCGCUACACUUAAAUUAAGCCCAAUGCUACUUAAAGUUAAUUAUACUAUAUAUUAAUAUAUUUUAAAGAAAAAAUUAUUCGUAACAUACAUACUUAUGAUAAUUAGUAUAUAAUUUUUAAAAACUAAAUGACCAAAUAUUG